CACACGCCUGCCACCACUCCUCCUCCCAUGCAAUCCACUGCAGUCCCCCCGCCUUCCCACACUCACAUCCCUGACCAGCCAUGGGCGGAGGCGGACCAAUCAGCCCCAUCGGGGCCGCAGGCCGUGCCUCGCAGUACAAGGGCGGCAUGACGACCAGCGUGAUGUUCAUCGCAGUCGUGGCCGCCUCGGGUGGCCUGCUGUUCGGCUACGACCUGGGUGUGACGGGAGGCGUGGAGGCCUCGGACUCUUUCCUCUCCAAGUUCUUCCCGGGCACCUAUGAGGCCAAGCAGGCCGCCGCGGACGACUACAACCCGUACUGCAUGUUUGACGACCAGCUGCUGGCCCUCUUCACCUCUUCCCUCUUCAUCGCUGGCAUGGUCAUGGCGCCGGUGGCCUCUGUGGUGACCCGCAAGUGGGGCCGCAAGGUCACCAUGCUCAUGGGCGGGCUCUGGUUCCUGCUGGGUUCCACCCUGAACGCCGCCGCCCAGAACCUGGCCAUGCUCAUCCUGGGCCGUAUCUGCCUGGGCUUUGGCAUCGGCUGCGCCAACCAGUCGGUACCGCUGUACCUCUCCGAGAUGGCUCCCUCCAAGUACCGCGGCGGCUUGAACAUGAUGUUCCAGCUGGCUACCACCAUCGGUAUCCUGGUCGCCCAGCUCAUCAACUACGCGGUACAGGACUGGGACGAGGGCUGGCGCCUGUCGCUGGGCCUGGGCGCCGUGCCCGCCUGCAUCCUCACCCUGGGCAGCAUCAUCCUGCCCGACUCUCCCAACUCGCUGAUUGAGCGCGGCAAGAACGAGCAGGGGCGCAAGGUGCUGGCCCGCAUCCGCGGCACGCAGCAGGUGGAUGCAGAGUACGAGGACAUCUGCGAAGCUGCUGCCAGCGCCACCAAGGUCACCCACGCGCAGGCGUGGCGCAACCUGUUCCGCCGCCACUACCGCCCCUCGCUGGUGCUGGCCACCUGGAUCCCCACCUUCCAACAGUGGACGGGCAUGAACGCGAUCAUGUUCUACGUGCCCAUCCUCUUCUCCUCCCUGGGCACCGGCCAAAAGGGCGCCCUGCUGAACGCUGUCAUCAUCGCCGGCGUCAACCUCAUCUCCACCUUCGUUGCCAUCCUGCUGGUUGACAAGGCGGGCCGCCGCAAGCUGUUCCUGUCGGGCGGCCUCCAGAUGUUCACGGCCCAGAUCGCCGUGGGCAUCCUGCUGGGUGUCUCUUUCUCCACCUACAACACCUCCAACCUGCCCGAGUCGAUCACCUACGUGGCACUGGUGCUGAUAUGCAUCUUUGUGGCCGGCUUUGCCUACUCCUGGGGGCCCCUGACCUGGCUGGUGCCCUCAGAGAUCCAGACCCUGGAGACGCGCUCCGCAGGCUUCUCCCUCUCGGUAUCAAUGAACUUUCUGUUCAGCUUUGUGCUGGGCCAGUGCUUCCUCACCAUGCUGUGCUCCAUGGAGUAUGGCGUCUUCCUUUUCUUCGCUGCCAUGGUCGCCAUCAUGACGGCCUUUGUGUUUGUGCUGGUACCGGAGACCAAGGGUGUGCCCAUGGAGGAGAUCUAUACUGUGUACUGCGAGCACAAGGUGUGGGGCAAGGUGAUUGGGCCCGAGGCAGUGGAGGCCACCAUGGCUCUCGCCGCCACCAACUCGGGGUCCAUGGCGCUGGCGGCGGCCGAGAUGGCGCUGGCCAAGCCCUCUCCCAAGUUCUCGCACUCAACCACCAAGUCCACGCCCCGGGGCUCCGAGGACGCCGCCCCCGAUGCCGCAGCCGCCGACGCGCUGCCGGUCUCCAAGGAGUGAGCCGGUGGUGCCAGUGCUGGCGGUACCUGACCCACGCGCCAGCCACCAACGCCGCCAUCCGCGCGGCGCCGCAGCCCAAACCCAACGCCUCAAAAGUACGAUGCAUGAAUUUUCGCCGCUGCAAGGCAUGCACCCUGCACUCCCCUCCCCCGUUUUCCAAACCACCACUACGGCCGGCGGCACCGCUGUACUGCGACCCCCGUUUUUGCCUGUGCCGCCGCCAUCCCGUUGCGCUACGAAUCCACACAUUUUCGAUCGGCCCGCCCUCUGCGCACUGGAACAUGUUCCUCCCCUCCGUCCGUGGGCGGCACCCGCCGCAAGGAGCAUUUUCUCGCCUCCCCGAUUUUCUAACUUGAGCUAUGCCGAUCUAUAGCACUGCACUACUCCCAUCCCGCCUCUCAGCUCCCCCUCCUCUUCAUAGUUCACCUUCUCCAACCACUCUGCAGGCCUCAAAAACCAAACACAGAUCCUGGUGACUGCUUCACGUGUGAACAACACAUCUCAACAGGCUGAACGCAACAGCCCAGCCGAGAGCAGCACAGGCAGCCGCAUGCUACGCAGCAGAGGGAAGCAACAGGGGCGGGGCCGCCCGCUGCGCGGUCAUUGGUCGCUCGCUGGCGUGCCUGUCCUGCUGUGCGGGUGCCCUUGUAACACCCGCUGCCACGACUGCAGCCAUGGCAGGAUCGCCGGCAAGUCCACAUUUGCCAACUCCAGCGCAAGCACCUCCCGCAGCACCUGCCACUGCCGCGCCUGGCCAGGCCACAACAGCAGCCCCACAAAGUCAGCCGCCGCCGCGCUGGCUCCUGCUUGCCGGUGGCCGGCAGGUGCUGGCGCUGGUGAUGGAGAGGCAGGGCCCAUGCUGCCGGCAUCAUCCGCCGCCGUGCCUGCCUCCAGCAGCUGCUGCAGGGGCAGCUGCUGGAGGCAGAAGAGGACCCAAGCCGGUGCAUCCAGCACCAGCUGCCAGGCCUGCGCCUGCCUCUGCCGGCCAGCUGCCAGGCGCUGCCUCUGCUGCUCGCAUGAAGCAUGAUCCCACGCAUGCACAGGCUGGGCAUCGCUGCCGUCCUGCUGCUGCUGCUGCCGCUGUGCCAGCGGCAGGCCACUGUCUGACGGCGCUCCGCUUGCGGCAGCAAUGUAGGCCCGCAGCAGCGCCACUGCCUGAUCCAGCCCGGCGGCAGACGGCGGCUGUGUGUGCAGCAGGGCUGCCGCGGGGACCAGGUCAGCAGGGUACAGCACCCGCAGCUCUGCCGGCAGCUGCCCGUCCCUCUCCAGCUGCUGCCCACGUGCGCCUGCUGCAGCCCGC